GUUUAAAAAAGUAGUUACACGAUGAAUAAAAAUAGCUUUACGUUGCGUAUGCGCGGAAAACGUUCGUCUGACAUGGUCUGACAAUACUGAUCGGAAAAAUAUCUAAAGACUUUGAAGAGGAGGAACACAUCUCUCACAAUCCGAGAGUUGCAAGAUUGAAUUAAUAAAUUAAUAAAAAUGUAUAUAUAUAUAGACUUAUAAUGAAUUAAAUAGCGAUGAUCAUCCUGUUCUCGCAACUUUUGUGUGCUCAUCUAGAUUGAUCGAGUGUUAAAACCUAACCUAACUUUAUUUACAUGCUGCUCGACAAGUACAGAAUCUUUCAAAAUGAUGCAACAAUAUAUGAAGGAAUUGGAACAGGAUCCAUUUGACCCUGAAGAAUUUGUUGAAAGAUUAGCUUGGAGAACUGUCAAUGAUAAUACAAAAGAUGGGGGAAAGACAUUUUUUGAUCCAGUUAUCGUCCAUGAGACUUUUUUGCAGGCAAUCAAAGACUUACAGAUAUUACAAGAACGUCAGCAAAAGAAAUGCGAUAAAUUAGAGGCUGCGCUAAAAGAAGAAGAAACUCGACAUACAUUUGAAAUAUUAGAAUUACAGGAGAGAAACAGACAUUCUAUCGAUUUAUUUCAUCAGUUAGAUGAGAGAAUAAAUCUUGUGGCUACUAAAGUCCUACAUCUGGGAGAUCAAUUAGAAAGUGUUAAUACGCCAAGAGCAAGAGCAGUGGAAGCUCAAAAAUUAAUGAGACACUUUUCAGAAUUUUUAAGUCCUGGUCCACUGACUGAUCCAAUUUUCACAGAUAAAUCCUCGUUGAACAAUGCUGCAGACAUAAUACAGAAACUUCAUCUCAUAGCUCAAGAACUUCCCUCUGAGAAAUUUGAACAUGCCAAGAAAAAAAUUGCUAUCAAGUAUGAUGAAAUAGAACGUAAUUUAAUUGAAGAAUUUGUAAAAGCACACAAUAGAGAAGAUGCUGCGCAAAUGAGAGAAUUAGCGAGCACUUUGGCACACUUCAAGGGUUACUCUCAGUGCAUUGAUGCAUUUAUAGAACAAAGUCAAAUGGGUUCUUUUGGUGGGAAAGACGUUUUUCAAGACGUCAUACCUAUGUGCACAAAGUAUCAUAAGCUCAUGCUACAAGUAUUCUCUAAUCCUGAACAAGUAAUGGCAAAGUUUGUCCUAAAUAUAUAUCACCUGCGCCUUCAAAAAUAUGCGGUAGCCAAAUUAGCCGACAAAAGCGAUUCUGACAAGUAUCUCAGGAAUUUAUAUGAUUUAUACACAAGGACAGUUAAGUUAUCCAACGAUUUGAAGGUUUUCAAUAUGGGCACUGAUGAGACUUACCUUGCCAAACUUACUAGGAACAUCUUUCAGAAGUAUUUAGAUACUUACAUUACUAUCGAAACAAAGGCAUUCCGGGAGAAGUGCGCAACGUUGCUUAUAGAGUAUUACGAGUCAAAAAAUCAUCAAAAGAAACAGUUGCAAAUGGGUGGCUUCCAGGAACUACGCAGAGACUUACAGGCCGUAUUGGGUGCAAGAACGAAUAUAAAUAUUGCUCAAAUAGAAGAUUACGGAGGCGAAACGUUUCUAUCGGAAGAAUUAGCAAUCGCGAUACUGCAGAGAAGCAAACUCGCGUUUCAAAGAUGUCAAUUACUUUCACAGUCUGUCGAUAUACCUGGAAAUGCAUUACAGAUCUUCGAAAUAUUGUUACAAUAUUUAAUAAGCGAGCAUGUGGAUUACGCGUUGGACUUAGGUUUACAAAGUGUACCGAUACCAGAGAGUAGGACCCAACCAGAGAUUCAUUUCUUUAACGUAGUGCAUCAGUGCAACGCGAUUGUUCGGCUCUUGGAGGAACAAUUCAACGACAGUGUACUGCCUCUUAUCACAUCAACACCCAAACAUGCCGAAUGUUUAUUAAAGAAAAAAGCGAUAUUAGAACAAAUAGAUGUCAAACUGGACACUGGCUUGGAUAGAAGCAUAAAUGCUAUUGUAGGUUGGGUGAAGGUGUAUCUACAAAACGAACAAAAGAAGACUGACUUUAAACCAGAAACCGAUGUGGAUACCGUGAAUACCUCAGCCUGUUUAGUAGUAGUACAAUUCGUGAAUGGAAUGAUACGGCUAAUACGAAACACUUUGGAUGGCAGACAUUUAGAUACCGCUUUAAAGGAAUUAGGAAUUAGAUUCCAUAAAAUUAUUUAUGAUCAUUUGCAGCAGUUUCAGUUUAAUUCUGCCGGUGCUAUGUGUGCAAUAUGUGACAUGAAUGAAUAUCGCAAAUGCAUUAAGGAACUUGACGUUGAGUUUGUUACAAAUCUCUUUAAUACUCUGCAUGCUUUAUGCAAUUUACUAUUGGUUAAACCAGAAAAUCUGAAACAAGUUUGCACAGGAGACCAACUGAUGACACUCGAUCGUACGGUUUUACUUAAUUUUAUUCAAUUAAGGACUGAUUAUAAAACACAAAAGUUAGCCAAUUGUUUAAAAGGUAUAGCGACAUGAUGAUACCUAUUUACAUAAAAAAAAACCGAAAUACUUCACGCUCAGCCUACUUCUUCAUGAUUAAUGAUUGAAAUAGCUACUAAGUGUACGAAAGCAAUCAUUAAAGUGAUGUUAUAAUUGUAA